AUGAAUGCAAACGAUGGGACCAUGGAAUGUGAAUAUACUACAAAUAAAGGCUUUGAAGAUUUUAAGCUAGAACCAGGAUACAGUGGUACAGAACAAUAUGACUUCCCAAGACCUUAUGAUCAUUCAGAACUAUACAGUGAUUAUAGACCAAAAGAUAGAUCAGGACAAGAUUAUUAUCCAGAAACUAAUGAUUUAGAACCAAAAGAAAAAACUGAACCUUUGUUUGUUGUAGACAAAACUAAAAACUUUAGACUAAAUCGUUCAAUACAAUACGAGACAUCACCAAAUAAAAACAAAUAUGGAAAAAAUAAUUUUGCGUCACAAAGACAAAAUUCAUGUUGGAAUUGCAAUUCUGUAAAUCAUUCUUUGCAUAAUUGUCCAGAACCCAGAGUUCAAUGGAAAAUUUCAAAAAACCGACAGGCAUUUCUUAAUCAAAAAAAUCAACAAUAUCAAUCAAAUUCUGGUGGUAGAAACUAUAAAAAUCGAUUUGGCAAUCAUAAGAAUGUACGAUACUUUGUAGCAGGGACUAAAACUUUAUGGAGCGAUUUAACACCUGGUAAAUUAAGUGAUGAUUUGUUAAAAGCAUUGGGUGUUCCUAAAAAUGGACUCCCAGUACAUAUUUAUAGAAUGCGAGAGCAUGGUUAUCCUAGUGGAUGGCUUGAAGAAGCUAGAGAUGAAUAUUCCGGGAUAUCAAUAUUUACUACACCCAAUGAAUGUUUACCUCUUCCCGGCAGAGAAAAUGGAAUAAAUGAUUACUUCCAUUGCAAUAUCAAUGAAAGAAAAUUACAUGAAUAUCCUGGAUUUAACGCUCCUUGUCCACCAGAUAUUGUUGACGAAGGGAAAAAAUUUGGUUGUCCUGAAUAUAAUCCAGAUCAAAGCCUCAAAAAUAUGUAUGAAAGGUUAAAAGUUGGCCCAAUUGGUAAAGAUGGUAUAGCAUUGUCUGGAACUAGUAGUCAAAGUCAAGACACAGAAUUUGCAUCUAUCUCUGAUGAAAAUCCAGUUGAAGGAAACACCUUGAAUUUAAAAACCAAAAAGGAAUUAAAGGAUAAACCACCCUCAUCACCCGAAGAUGGAGAAAUUACUGAAGAUGAAGAUAGAUCUGACAAUAAUGAUGAAAAGUGUCUUUCUAAUGCAACAGUGCCAGUUGAUGUGAAAAAUGUAUCAAUGUCGAUUGAGAGUAGUGCAGAUACUCAAAAUGAUUCUCAAUCAAAUGUCUCCAAUUCAAAAACGAUAGACAAUGAAUUAGGCUUGACACCAACAUCAAAAAGGAAAUUCGGUGAUGUGAAAUCUGAAACACUUGGUACUCCGGUCCUCAAAAAGUUUUCUUCAUAUGGAAAUCGACCAACGCAUGAACAUUUUGCUAAAGGAAUGUCUGAUAUGGUAGAACAUGAAAACUUACCAAAUGCUAUUGGGACAUUUAAAAAGUUAAAAGAAAUAUUGAAGGAUGUGCGCAAGACAAUUAAUGAUUUAUUAUGA